UUGAGCGUAAGAACCUAAUUUGUUAAUAGGACGUACGACAGCGCCUUUGACCCGAGUCAGUUGAAUAAACUUACUUUUUAGAGCGCACUCUUCUUCUUGCCAGGUAGUGUGCAGGACGGACAAGCAUCCCAGAACUGGAAAUACGAAGCACGGAAGAUGUCAGCUCAAAUUUUAAGUGGGAAAGAGGUCUCGGCGCAGGUGAGGGAGCGCCUCAAGAAGGAUGUGGAGCAGAUGAAACUCCAGGACCCCAACUUCAGACCUGGUUUAGUGGUUUUACAGGUUGGAGACCGUGAUGACUCAAACCUUUACAUCAGCAUGAAGCUAAAGGCAGCAGCUGAGAUUGGAAUAAAUGCAACACAUAUGAGGCUUCCAAAGACGGCAACAGAGGAAGAGAUUCUCCACAGUAUCACAGAGGUAAAUGAGAACUCCUCAGUCCAUGGCCUCAUCGUCCAGCUGCCACUGGACUCCAUCCACAAGAUCGACACGGAGAAGGUCACCAAUGCUGUGGCACCGGAGAAGGACGUAGAUGGACUGACCAGCAUAAAUGCAGGAAAGCUGUCUCGUGGGGACCUGGGAGACUGUUUCAUUCCCUGCACACCAAAUGGCUGCAUGGAGCUUAUCAAACAGACUGGGGUGUCCGUGGCGGGGAAGAGAGCCGUAGUCCUAGGUCGCAGUAAAAUUGUUGGCGCUCCGAUGCAUGACCUGCUGCUGUGGAACCACGCCACCGUCACUACAUGUCACUCGAAGACUGCAGAUCUUGCUGGAGAGGUGAGCAAGGCAGACAUCCUGGUUGUAGGCAUUGGUAAAGCAGAGAUGGUGAAAGGAGAGUGGAUCAAGAAGGGAGCAGUGGUUAUCGACUGUGGCAUCAACCAUAUCCCAGAUGAGACUAAGGCCAGUGGGAAGCGGGUGGUCGGUGAUGUCCACUACGCUUCAGCUACGGAACAGGCUGGCUACAUCACUCCAGUGCCUGGUGGCGUGGGACCCAUGACUGUGGCAAUGCUGAUGGCGAACACAGUGCUGAGCGCAAAGCGGUUCCUGGAGACUCAUCAACCAGGAAAAUGGAACAUUUCAUACACUAAACUGAACCUCCAGAAGCCUGUGCCAAGUGACAUCGUAAUUUCUCGCUCCUGUGUACCCAAACCCGUUGACCGACUUGCGAAAGAGGUGGGCCUUCUUUCGGAUGAGGUGGAACUCUACGGCAAAACUAAAGCCAAGGUCCAGCUGAAUAUCGUCAAACGUCUGCAGGCCCAGCCAGACGGCAAAUAUGUGGUGGUCACUGGUAUUACACCCACUCCACUCGGGGAGGGAAAAAGCACCACCACCAUCGGUCUGGUUCAGGCCCUGGGAGCCCACAUGAAGCUCAACGUCUUCGCUUGUGUCCGUCAGCCUUCCCAGGGGCCCACCUUCGGCAUCAAAGGUGGUGCUGCAGGAGGUGGAUACUCUCAAGUCAUUCCAAUGGAGGAGUUUAACCUCCAUCUCACUGGUGACAUUCACGCCAUCACUGCUGCCAACAAUUUAGUAGCCGCUGCCAUCGAUGCUCGCAUGUUCCAUGAGUCUACACAAUCUGACAAGGCUCUGUACAACCGCUUGGUUCCCCUCAGUGGAGGACAGAGGAAGUUUUCCCCAAUCCAGCUUAACAGACUCAAAAAACUGGGCAUAGAGAAGACGGAUCCCUCCGCUCUGACUGAAGAAGAAAUCACCCGAUUCGCUCGCCUGGACAUGGACCCGAGCUCUGUCACCUGGCAGAGAGUGUUGGACACCAAUGAUCGAUUCCUAAGGAAGAUCACCAUUGGACAAUCUCCAACUGAAAAAGGAUACACGAGAGAGGCUCAGUUUGACAUCACAGUCGCCAGUGAAAUCAUGGCAGUACUUGCUCUCACCAGCAGCUUGGAGGACAUGCGCCAGCGUCUGGCCAAGAUGGUUGUGGCCACAAGCCGAAAUGGAGAACCCAUUACCACAGAGGACCUGGGUGUGAGUGGGGCUCUCACUGUGCUGAUGAAAGAUGCCAUCAAACCAAAUCUAAUGCAGACUUUGGAGGGAACACCUGUGUUUGUCCACGCUGGCCCUUUUGCCAACAUCGCCCACGGAAACUCCUCCAUCCUGGCUGAUAAAAUUGCUUUAAAGCUUGUGGGACCUGAGGGUUUUGUAGUGACGGAGGCUGGUUUCGGUGCUGACAUUGGCAUGGAGAAGUUUUUCAACAUAAAGUGCCGGUACUCAGGACUGAGGCCCCACGUGGUGGUGCUGGUGGCCACUGUCCGAGCCCUGAAGAUGCAUGGUGGAGGACCCACGGUCACAGCUGGGAUGCCACUGCCUAAGGAAUAUGUGGAGGAGAACCUGGAGCUGCUGGAGAACGGCUGCAGCAACAUGAGGAAGCAGAUCGAGAACGCAAAGCACUUCGGUGUACCUGUGGUGGUCGCCGUCAACGGUUUCAAGACAGAUACCGAGGCUGAGCUGGACUUGGUCUGCAGGAUGGCCAAAGCUGCUGGAGCUUUUGACGCUGUGCGCUGCUCCCACUGGGCUGAGGGCGGAGCCGGGGCUGUGGCCCUGGGUCAGGCUGUCCAAAGGGCCUCUGAGGCCCCCAGCAACUUCAAGUUCCUCUAUGAUCUGGAGCUCCCUAUUGCAGAUAAGAUUCGCAUAAUCGCCCAGAAGAUCUACGGUGCUGAUGAUAUUGAGCUUCUCCCAGAGGCCCAACACAAGGUGGAGCUCUACACCAAACAGGGUUUUGGCGGUCUUCCAAUCUGCAUGGCAAAGACACACCUGUCGCUCUCUCAUGAGGCUGAUAAGAAGGGUGUGCCCACGGGCUUCAUUCUGCCAAUCAGAGACAUCCGAGCCAGUGUGGGGGCUGGCUUUCUGUUCCCACUGGUUGGCACUAUGCCAACAAUUCCUGGCCUUCCCACCAGGCCUUGUUUCUAUGAUAUUGACCUGGACCCUGAAACCGAACAGGUCAACGGACUCUUCUGAAGCACUGUACGAUGGAAAGGGAGGUUGUUCAAACAUACACGACAAUCUCAUGAUGAGUUCUUUCUUCCUGUUUUAUGUUUUGUUUUCAUACAAUCCCCCUCUUAUCAGUUGAAAUGGGGCAGACUAAUAACUGGAAACUCUGUUCUUGACCGAUGAUGCCAUUUCUUUUUUUUUUUUUUUUUUUUUUUGCUUUUAACUGAGCCACUGACAUCUGUAAAUAACAGAUUUGUUUAGUAAGAAACAUACUGAACAUACUGAAUCACUGAAUGCAGUGUCCCCGUCUGUGAUAGACUUUAUGCGAAGGGGAACUAUCCUAUUCAUAUUUUUUCAGUCUCGUCAUGACUCAUUAGACUGCCAGGAGCAUUUCCCAUUCACUGUUGUGGACAAACGGUUGGAUUACUAAGGCUGUGAUUAAUGUGUUAAUUAAAAACAAGUCCAAAUGUCAACAUAAUGAUGGCAUUGAAAAUAUUUUAUACCAUUGUUAAAAUCUUGUCAAAUUGCCUGUCACUGGUCCUGUUCUGUCCUGUACUCAAACAUUUCACAUUAAAGUGACACUACUAAAUUCAUAGUAGUAUAAAACACUA